CAAUCAGAAAAGGAAUCAGAUAAAACCAAAGAUUUGGGAGAAGAAUUGGCAGAUGUUAUUUUUGUAGCACUUUGUUUAGCAAACCAGACUGGAGUGGAUUUAGAAACAGCUUUUUACAAUAAGAUUAAAGUAAAAACAGAAAGAGAUAAAGAUAGGCACCAGAACAAUCAAAAAUUACAAUUCCAUCCAUCACAAAACAUAGAAGAAAAUCAUUUAAAUUUAUCUGGAUCCAAGAGUGAAAGUAAUCGUUUAUUAGUUUUAAAUGCCUUAUUAAAGGGCGAUAUAGAGAUUUGUAAUUUAUCUAAUUCUCAAGACACACAGUUAAUAGACAAAGCAUUAUCUUCAACAGAAGAAGUUGUUGAUAUAUACCAUGCAGGCACUGCUAUGCGAUUUUUAACUGCAUACUUUUCACUUCAAGAAGGGCGCAAGACUUUUCUCACGGGAUCUGCUAGAAUGAAGGAGCGUCCCAUUCAAAUUUUGGUUGAUGCUCUUAGGGAUUUAGGUGCCGAUAUUACAUACGCAGAACAAGAGGGUUUUCCACCAUUGCACAUAAAAGGGAAAAAGAUAAUUAAAAAUGAAGUAACUCUUUCAGCUUCAAUUAGCAGUCAGUAUAUAUCAGCAUUAUUGUUAAUUGGAGGGUUUUUAGAGAAUGGGAUUACCAUUCAUUUAGAAGGAACAAUCACCUCUUUACCUUAUUUGAAUAUGACAAUUCAGAUGCUUAAUAGAGUUAGGAUUAAAGCAAUGUGGUUAAAAGAACAAAGCAUAAAAGUAUUUCCAUAUAAAAAAGAGACUAAGAUGGUAACCAAUGUGGAAUCGGACUGGAGCUCGGCCUCUUAUUUGUAUAGUAUAAUUGCCCUUUCAAAAACAGGAAGUUUGUUUAUGGACACCUAUUUUAAAGAUAGUUUACAAGGAGAUAAAGCUUUGGUUGAAAUUUAUAGAGAUUAUUUUAACGUAGAUACAGAAUUUAUUUUAGAAAAUAAUUCUAAACCACAGAUAAGAUUAACAAAGGGCAAUAAGUUGUUGCCUUCAAAAAUAGAACUAGAUUUAAACAAUUGUCCAGAUAUUGCUCAAACCAUUUUAGUAACGGCUGUGGGGUUAAAAAUUCCUUUUAAACUAACAGGGUUGAGCACUUUAAAAAUAAAAGAAACAGACCGUUUAGUUGCUAUGCAAAAUGAAUUAGCAAAAUGUAAUGUUCAGACAGAAAUUACAGAAGACUCUAUAAGUCUGGUUUCUUACGAAAAAAAUCUUCCGCAAACAGUUAAAAUAAGCACAUAUAAUGAUCACAGAAUGGCAAUGUCUUUUGUUCCACUUGCAUUAAAGGGAACAAACUUGAUUAUUGAAAAUCCAAAUGUGGUGGAAAAAUCGUAUACCAAUUUUUGGAAGGAUAUGAAAAAAUUGGGAUUUGAAAUAACAAAAAUAGAGGCU